AUGGGAAUCUUAAUUGUGAGAGAGAAUCUUUCAACUAUUCAGUGUGUUAUUAAUGUCGAGGAGAAUCUUAUUAGUCGAAAAACGGUGAAGUUUGCAACUAGUUUGAGUAAAGAAUCUCAUGUAAACAUCCAAGGGAUUGUAUCACUUCCUGAUACACCAAUCCACAGGAUAACCCAGCAGGUAUCCAGGAAAUAUUUAUCCUCUAAAGGAUUUCUUGAAAUGCAUAAUCCAAAACUGUUAGAAAGCUCGGGUGAAGCUGCCGCAUCUCUCUUCAGAUUUGAUGAUAAAGACCUCCCUACUUUCCUUACUCAAUCACCACAUUUUCGAAGGCAUCUGAAAAUUUGUGAUGAUUUUCAGCGUGUCUUUGAAAUUGGCUCUGUUCUCAGGGACUCCUUCCCACCCGGACAUUUGAAUGAACUUGUUGGCCUGGAUGUGGAAAUGGAGAUAAAAGAGAAUCAUUGUGAGUUAACACCUCUUUUGAGAAUCAACUAUACCGUUGGCGCCCCUUUAUACAUAUUUAACGGUAUUCAUAUGAAGUAUUGUGAAAAUGUAUCUGAGGAAGCAAGAAGUUAUUUUAAAGAAGCUGCACAAAAUCUUGGUGAAGCGACAAAGUGUCUAGGAAAAGAAAGAAAGUACUCCAGCGGAUUUUCUUAA